AUACGGUACUAGUACGAGUGUGGACUCGGUUGUUUGUCAAAUUACAAAACGUAUCUUAAAAGCGAGGAGUGUACUCGGCGACACUUCUCGCACGCUCCACCGCGCGAUCCACCACGUACUUCCCCAGAUCUUUCAAAGUUGGCUUCGGGUUGACACCAUCUCCGAAAGGCUUCUCUCACCAGGAUUCCUCACCACCAUGAUGUCUCUUCCUUUCAUGGCAUCAUUCGCUUGUGUCACAAAUAAGAUUUGCUUCUGGGCUCACCUCUCCCCAAAAACUACAAUCUAGCUACUAGCUAGAAGCCAGUAUCUGUAUUUGCCUCCCAGCAAUUGAUAGGUGCCUACAUACCAGACACGAUGAAGACCAUCAUUAUCAGCCUCUUGGGCCUUUCGUCUUGCGUUUCGGGCUUUGUUUCUCAGCCAAGACCUAUAAUACCCAAAGUCGUUCUCUUCUCGACCGAAGAAGCCCGUGCCACUGAAGUGCCCUUGGUUGUUUCUGGGACCAAUAUCGAGUUGACGCCUGCCUUGGUAGAUUAUGUCAACAAGAGAAUCGGUGGAAAUUUGAACAAGUUGGGCAGCAAUGGCGCCAUUCGCGAAUGUGAUGUCCAUUUGUCGGUCAACAAGAACCCCAAAGUUAAAAAUGCCCACAAAGUCGAAGUGACAACCAACUUGAAAGGAGUUACCAUUCAUUCCAGGACAGAAACGCCUGACAUGUACGAGUCUAUUGAUGCUGUAGCUCAUGCCCUGAACCGCAAGUUGCGCAAAUACAAGGAGCGCCGGCAACAGGGCUGGCACGGAGGCAGUAACAUGGGGGAUGAUAUCAUGGCAAUUUUGGAAGAGAUGGAAGCCGAACAAAACUGGGACGAAACAGCGGGAGUGGAUGACGAUGAGUUUGAAGAUCCCGACAAGCCCACAGUCAUGUCCGUUAAGAGCUAUGACCUGAACAAACCUACUUCGCUGGAAGAGGCCGUCUUUGCUUUGGACUACACUGACCACGACUUUUAUGUCUUUCGAAACAAGGACACGGACGCUGUCAAUGUCGUCUACAAACGCAAUGCCGGUGGCAUUGGCCACGUGGAACCUUGAUCAUUGUAGGCACCGAGGUUCAAACAAACAAACAAACAAACAAACAAACA